AUGAAAGUCACUACAGCGGUCCUCGGCGCCCUCUCGGCUGCCUCCGUUAUUAUGGCUGGCCGUCACCAAAAGCGUGUAACAAGAGAACACAGCUCAAACUGGUCUGGCGCCGUAGUCACUGGGCAGAACAUCACGGGCGUCUCUGCCACGUUCCCCGUUCUCGAUGCCAACAUCCCUAAGGUUAACGAGACUGGCAAGGAUGCCUACCUUGCUACAGCCUGGGUCGGCAUCGAUGGGUACAAUGCCACGGAUGAUUGUCCUGGUCUGUGGCAGGCUGGAGUCCAGAGUGAGAACCGCGACGGUGACGUGUCUUUCAUGGUUUGGUACGAACUGUUCCCUCUAUCUCCGGUAUUCAUCGAUCUUGGCAACAUGACAAUAGGCGAUCUCAUUUCAGUAGAGCUUAGCACUGAUGACAGUGAAACCGAAGCCUCUGUCGUCAUGAAGAACUUGAACACGGGUGCCGAGUACAAGAACUCAACCGCAAUCACUCAGAAACUAUGCUUUAAGGCUGCCGAAUGGAUCCUCGAGCGAACCUACACGCUCUCCGGGCUUGCUGGGCUUCUCGAUUUCGGAACCGCAACAUUCUUGAACCUUACUUACACCGAAGGUGGAAACGAGUUCGACACACUUCCCGACAGCGUCAUCCUUACGGAUAUUUACGACGAUGAGAAGAACGACGUCCGCCAAACUUACACCAACAACACCAAGGACACUGUCACUGUUAAGUACCUUGGUAGCUAA